AGUCCGUCGUCGGUGGUGGCGCUACAGAGAAGGCAGCGAGCUUGUCUGGCAGACGGAGAAAGAGCCUUCCCUUCCUUUCCAGCGGAGACGAAACAGGCCCAGCACCUCGGUUGAGGAAGAGUCGCGGUGGUCGCCGUUAAGGGCUGAGUGGCAGUCCUGUAACACCGGCUGCGCUUGCACGGUCGAGUGGUUGGUUCGAAGACGAGCGGACGUCUCCCCAGCUCCGGUUCCUCGCCUGAAAGAAGAGAAGGGUGAUUACCAUGACCGCCGAAGAAGGGAAGGCCGAGGAGAUGACCGCGGCGCCGGAGGGAGAGGGAGGAGUGGAUAUUACCCCCAAAAACGACGGCGGAGUCCUCAAGAUUAUCAAGAAAGAAGGAAUAGGGACGGAAUCUCCAAUGAUAGGUGAUAAAGUGACUGUUCACUACACUGGCUGGCUGCUAGAUGGCACAAAGUUUGAUUCAAGUCGGGACAGAAAGGAAAAGUUCUCAUUUGACUUUGGGAAAGGUGAAGUUAUCAAAGCAUGGGAUAUCGCUGUGGGAACUAUGAAAAUAGGGGAACUUUGUCAAAUUAUCUGCAAGCCUGAAUAUGCAUAUGGCUCUGCUGGCAGCCCCCCCAAGAUACCUCCCAAUGCUACACUAAUCUUUGAGGUAGAGCUGUUUGAGUUCAAGGGGAAAGACCUCACAGAUGAUGAAGAUGGUGGAAUAAUUCGAAGAAUCCGUAAGAAAGGAGAAGGCUACUCCAAACCCAAUGAGGGGGCCCUUGUAGAGAUUGAGGUAGAAGGUUGGCAUGGAGACAGAGUAUUUGACAAACGGGAGCUGCGAUUUGAAGUAGGAGAGGGAGAAAACUAUGACCUUCCUCCAGGCGUGGACAAAGCACUGCAGAAAAUGGAGAAGUUGGAAGAGUCUGUGGUGUAUCUCAAACCCAGCUAUGGUUUUGGAAGUGCUGGGAAACAGAAGUUCCAUAUUCCUCCAGAUGCAGAGCUACAGUAUGAAAUCAAACUCAAAAGCUUUGAAAAGGCUAAGGAGUCCUGGGAGAUGAACACUGAUGAAAAGCUGGAACAAGGCACCAUUGCAAAAGAAAAGGGCACCCAGUAUUUUAAAGAAGGAAAAUACAAACAGGCAACUUUACAAUAUAAGAAGAUUGUGUCAUGGCUAGAACAUGAAACAGGGCUAUCUGAAGUGGAGGAAGCAAAGGCCAAGAGUUUGAGACUUGCUGCCCAUCUUAACUUGGCCAUGUGCCAUCUGAAGCUAAAGGAAUAUUCCCAGGUCUUGGAGAACUGCAGUAAGGCCCUUGAGUUGGACAGCAACAAUGAAAAAGGUCUUUUUCGGCGUGGUGAGGCCCGGCUGGCUGUCAAUGACUUUGAGUUAGCAAGAGCAGAUUUCCAGAAGGUGCUGCAGCUCUAUCCAAGCAACAAAGCAGCCAAAACACAGCUAAUAAUCUGUCAGCAAAAGAUCCGUGAACAGCAUGAGAGAGAGAAAAAGAUGUAUGCAAACAUGUUUCAGAGACUUGCAGACAAGGAAACAAAGCUGGAAGCUGAAACAGUCCGCAAAGAAGAGACAGAAAUGAAAGACGAGAAACAGAAUGGAGUUGAAGAGAAAGCAGAAGUUGACAUAGAAGCUUGAGGCUGAAAUGCUGAUCUCUUAGUUUUGUAAAACUGAAGAAUUUCCAGUGAACUAGUCCUUUAUUUUUCUAUCUGAUUGAAUGAGGGGCAACAGCUGGGGCUAUGGUGUUGCUUUGCAUCUGUCUGUGUAGGAAACAUUGCUAGCAGAACAGACCUAAAUAAUCUUAAGGACUUUUAUUUAUUCAAUCAUACAUUCUGAUUCUGUUAUCUUGGGAGUUUGAUUGGGAUUCCUUCCUCCUUGUUUCCAUUUUCUUCUCUCACUGGCAACUCUCUCAGGUUUAAAUGUUCCUUUAGUUCCACACCUCAUUCUUCACUCUGUUCAGUCUUGUAAUAGAAAAACAAAGUGAAUGUAUGAGAGACUUUCGAACAAACAAAGCAGUGUGUCCCUUCUCCUACAACAGCUUGAUCCUCUCCGCAUCCUUCUCCCAUGGGCAAGUGUUACCACCUUUUCUGUAGUGCCUCCUCUUUUGUUUAUUGCUGAAGAUGAAGACUGAAGUCCCAAACUUGAGCAUUAAAGCAUCCCCUAAAAAUCUUCAGCAGUGUUGAAUAGAUGUCAUGUUCAGCAAAAUUUUGAAAUAAAAAUACAGAUUUUGGGCAGCACAGCUCUCCCACAAAGUAGGAUGAAACCCUUCUCAGGUAGAGGAGCAGAGAAGCCGUGAAUUAUGUAAUCUCUCCAGGUGCUGCUAGGUGGGCAAGUGCUUGGGAGAGCCCUGCAGCAACUUUUCCAUUAUGGCAUUUGCCACAGUGGGAGAGUAGAACCAACAAAUGACUUGAGCUGCCGCCCAGCCCAAUGGCACAACAGUGGGUGUUCUGGAGAGCCCAGAUGGUCCUGCUCUCUUGCUACAGCAAAUGCUUCUGGGAGAGAACAACCAGCAGGUGGUGCCGCCGCCACCUUUUGGUUAUUCCUGAGACUGAUCCAGAGGGCAGGUGGUCUCUCUGAAGAGCUGUGGUGGCCAUAAAAAUGGCCAGUACAGCUCAGCUAGGUCCAAAUGUCAGGCAAUAUGAGAGGGGUUGUCCUUGGAAAUAAUUUGUACUGUAGAUAACCUUUAGGAACAGCUCCCUCUAUGAUGCUUGGUGCUGAAAAAUAACCCCUUUCUACAGAGUUCUGCCAGCCACUAUUUUACAAUUGAUGUAGCUCUUCAGAGGUGGGGACAGAAGGAGAUGCAGUGUGCAGGUGAGAGGAGAUAAGUUUACAGUGCAUGUGUGCUGUUACCACCCCAGGCAUCAGGAAAGCUUGUGGUGACCCUGAUGGAGGGAAGGAAUGUCAGUCUGAGUUUACCCUUGAGUUGCUAGUCCAAGAAGGGAGUCCCACAGGCCAUAAAUAAUUAUACAAAGUUGACACUGAUAGCGUCAUCCUGCCCCCCCAACUAUGAUCACUAGAACCAGCAUAAUUAUUUUUUUUAUUAUGUUUAAACACUGCCUUUUCUCCCUUCUGAAACACCUUCAUGUUAGUCAUGUACUUUGGGGAUCCCUGCAUUCCACUGUCGAAUUGCUCUGACAGUGAGGAAGGUUUUCCUGAUGUCCAGCCUGAAUCUGGGUUGUCACAAUCAGUUCAAGUUGAGCCAGCUGCUUAGAGAGGUGUUGGACUUUCCCUCACUAGAGACAUUCAGGAGAAAAACUGGAUAGUCGUCUGAAUGGGCUAGUGUAAAUUGGUGUCCUGCAACAGCAGGGGUUGGGACGAGAUGGUCUUCAUGGCCCCUGCCAACUCUACUAUUCUAUGAUUUCUUCUGAAUCCUUUCUAACAGAAAAUGUAUCGCGUACUUUUGACAAGAAAACAAAUUGGAAUGCAUAGUGAAGCUAGGAUGGACAUUUCCAUUGGAACUCACCCAGUUUCACGGAUUAGUUGAAAACAUGCAUAUCAAGAACUCAUGGGUUCCCAGAUGAAAAGUUCAAGGGCCAGUAAGAAGAGUGUUCUGUAAGAAGAGUGAUAUUUUUGCCAGAGAGAGUGAAGGGAGAUGUGAGAACAAGGAAUGACAAAAGCUGCAGUGGUACCUUCACAGAGGACUUUGGUUAUUGGGUGAUUUAAAAAUGUAAUAAAUUCACAGGGAUCAAUCAUGUAACCUUUACAGCAUUUUCUUGUGAUAAAAAACUGAUCUAAAGAAUA